AUGGCCCGAGCAAGACCCCUCGCACGCUCGACCUGGUCGCUGCAACGCUGCGCCGCACCCCCGUUUGCCCCCCGCCAAUGUCCGCAAUGCUCGCGGUCCUUUGCCUCGUCGCCGCCAUAUCGCCAGUCAGCGAAGCGCCAGAUGCAGACGGCGACGGCCUAUCGACCCUCAUCGCUGUAUCCAGAGCCGCCGCCACGGAAUGCUGGCGUGCCCGACACUUCAAUUGCAGGCGGAGCAACGGCGCCAAGGAGCACAACACCACCGGCUCCGCCGCAAGAGCGCGACGCCGCUUCACAGUCCGAACUGCCCAAAGCCACCAUACCCGAAGGCGAAGCGCAAAAGCCCCAGCAGACGGCGAGUCCUAGCAAACCACUUCGACCGCGCCGGUACAACUUUGGGCCUCGCAAGGCAACCAUCAAGCUCUCGCCGUCGGCCGUGGCGCACCUCCGCGAACUGCUCGAAUUGCCCGAGCCAAAGCUCAUCCGGAUAGGCACAAAGGCAAAGGGAUGCUCGGGGCUGGCAUAUCACCUCGAGUAUGUGGACAAGCCGAGCCCGCUCGACGAACAGGUGGAGCAGGAUGGCGCCAAGGUGUUGAUCGACAACAAGGCGCUGCUGAACAUUAUCGGGAGCGAGAUGGACUGGCUGGAGGAUAAGCUGAACGAGCGCUUCAUCUUCAAGAACCCAAACAUCACGGAGCAGUGCGGAUGCGGAGAGUCAUUUAGCGUGUCAUGA